UGUCCUCGUCUUUUUUACCAGAACGGAUUUAGUAGUUGACAAAACAAAAAAGAAGAAAAAAAGAGAACUCACCGAGGAACAGAAGCAAGAAAUUAAAGAUGCAUUUGAUCUGUUUGAUACCGACAAAGACAAAGCCAUAAAUUAUCAUGAAUUAAAGGUGGCCAUGCGCGCUUUGGGGUUUGAUGUUAAGAAGGCAGAUGUUUUAAAAAUCCUGAAAGAUUAUGACAGUGAAUCAACAGGCAGGAUUGCGUUUGAUGACUUCAAUGAAGUUGUGACAGAUUUAAUAUUGGACCGUGAUCCCCAAGAAGAGAUGCUUAAAGCCUUUAAAUUGUUUGAUGACGAUGAUUCAGGAAGAAUAAGCCUGAGAAAUCUCCGUCGAGUGGCGAGAGAACUUGACGAGAACAUGACGGAUGAAGAGCUGCGAGCGAUGAUUGAGGAGUUUGACAAGGAUGGUGAUGGAGAAAUAAAUCUGCAAGAAUUUAUCUCCAUAAUGACCGGUGAUGAAUAACCAGGAGUCAAGGUCUGGGUUUCUCUACAGCAGCUCUGCGAUCGCUUCCCUAAGGACCAGCAUCCAUGUUAACAGUCCGUGUUUGUAGCGUAUUAUGUUGAUUGGAUUUCUUCUCAACUUUCCAGUGUACUUUGUUUUGUUGUAAUAUAUUUUUUUAUGCCGCCGUGAAAUUAAAUCACAUAGAACUUUGUA